UUGAGUCGUGACCUAUAUUUGAUAUUUCUCACCUGCUUGUUACCUGUGUCUAUUGUUUUGAUUCGGGGCCAGUCUUACAUUGUACUCGAGGUUGUUGUUACCUUAAAGGGACUUUUCCCUAAAUCGGUGAUGUUUUCGGAUAAUAUAAGCGGCAAAUACCAGUAAUGGCGGACCAACGCAUUUUGAAUCAGGAUCUUUGUAAAAAGUGUGUGCUUCUAUUACACGUAGUUGUUAUACUGGUGACCCAAUUAUCGUUAACGACAACAGUCACAAUAACAGGUGUGAGCAAUAACCCGGGGUCUGGGAGACGGUAUCUGCUGGCUGGGGACACCCUUGACCUAGAGUGCUGGAGCCGGAGAGAAAACGAUUUUACUCUGGAGUGGUUACAUGAUAAUGAGGUCAUCAGGGUAGGACAAGAAAACCCUUCCGUCCUUUCAACCCAAGGGUAUCCCGCGACCCACCCCAAAGGCAGGACGAAACUCCAGCUGGAGUGGAGAAAUGUCGACCUCAACCAAACCGGGAGUUACUCAUGUAAAGAUAUAUAUGAAGAUAUGUUUAUUAGAAAAGUGACUGUGAUUGAUAUAAAACCUGAAGUCAUGAAAGUAGGGUCUCCCAUUCCUGACGGUACAGUGGCUUUGAAAAUUCGGUGCAAUGUGUACGGCAUUCCAAACUGGGCCUACGCUAUGCUGCGCUGGUUCAAAGAUGGCAGAGAGAUUUCCAGCAGCGACGAAAAGGGAAAACUGGAAAUGAGCGGCAAUGAAAAUUAUAUAACUAUAUAUGAUCCAAGCUCCUCAGACAAGGGAAAUUAUAUGUGCAGUCUGAGUACGCUGGGCAAUGUCAUAGAACUCUUCAACAGGACCGUAUACGUAGGAAGCGAAUACGUCGGAAACGGCAACCAAAUAUGUACCCAUUGGAUAUUGGUAUCUGCGAUUGCAGUGGUGGUUUUACUUUUAUAAACCAUUGUUCAGUAAUUUAUUCAAGAAUAUGUAUGUUUAUAUUUAUUUUGCGACCAUUGAAGUAUAUUAAGACGAAGGAGGCCAGUUAUGAAGGUCAAUCGUCCUCUUCCACUCAGAAGUCUUGAAUACGCAGAACAAAAUCAUUUUCAUGAACAUUUUGAAGACGGAAUGGGUCCGCCCUUUCUGUCGCAACCCCUACAGCAAUGUUUCCAAGUUUUUCAGAAUUGCUCACGGAAAUGUACUCUUCGUCCUGUAGUUGUUGAACUGGUUCAGUAUUUAUGAAGUAAUUUAUGUAUACAGAGAGACUAGCAGGCACUUGAAGAGAAACAAAGCCACAUUACUCACAAAUAUGUCGGUGCUAUGCACUACUUUAUAUAUGACGCGAAUUAGGCUAUAUGUCAUGCAUUUUAUAGAAACUCGCAGGAGUCUCUUUUAGACUAUUUUUAGUAGUGUGCGUGUGCGCGUUUUUUAACUCCUAGAUGCGGCGACAAAGGCAAUACUGUAUUUUAGUUUCGUUUUGUAUUAAAGUUCACUUUUAUAAAGAAACGUGACGAAAAUAUAAUAAAUGAAUAUUGUUCAACGAUA